AUGAAGAAGUAUGAAGCAACCCAGAACAUGGGCCUCGUUCGAUCCAGUGAUUUAAGUCGAGGAAUUACUCUCAGAAACGCCAGUGAAAAUCGACGUCUGGUCGGUCAUCUUCAACAUCUCGACCUGCAACUCCAUAGCAACUUAGUCAACCUUCAGGCUGAAAUUUCCGAGUUGAGGCUAUCGCAGUACGGACAUCGGCUCAAGACCACAACCGGAAAAACAGCGAUUGGAAAAACGUGGAGUGAUCCUAGACAGAGACAAAUUAGCAAUCGUCAGUUUCAAAAUCCAUCCGGGAGGAUCUCGCCUCUCGUUGUACAAGGUCGAAGUAAAGAGAUCUCUUCGAAGCCUUUUUUACCGCAGAUUGGCGCGCAUGGUACAGCUUUGGUUGGGAAGCAAGCCGAUGGUCCCGUGAGGCCUAAUUCCCCGAAAAGCCCGUCAUGUGCACGACGUUUUCGAGCUGUUCCAAAGAGUGUUAGUCAUCUAUCAACUGGCGCCAAAUCUAAUCUUUAUCGACCGAAUUCUUCGCCAAACUUGAGCGCCACGUCCUCUGUAUUGGUAGGGGCGAGUGGUUCUUUUCCCCACGGCGACGAUACAAGACAGAUACACCCCUCUAGGAAAGCUUCGGGGAUGCACAGCAAAAGCUCUGACGAUUUGCCUGCGUCGCCCUUGGAACUAACUGAUCGUGUUAGUGAUUUUUUGAAGAGGCCUAACACAAGUUCGGGCGACAGAAUGGAGAGAGAAGAGCAUAAUGAGCUUACACAUGCCGUUAGUGAUGAGAUUCCGACAAUAAAAAUUGAGCAAGAAGAGGAAGUAGACGAUGAUGAAGCAAAUUCCGAAAGCACCGAUAACGAAAAUCAACCAUUUCCCAUAGACGAGGAAUUAUUUAGAAAUUCUCUGCUUCUUAAAGCUAGCCGAGACGAUGGACUAUCUCAUUCCAUGCCUGACUUAGCAAGCCUUGGUUUUAUGGACUUUAAUGAGGUUAUUGAUCAGAGACUGCGAAAACUUCAAGAAGAAAUUCCUUCCCAGGCAGAAAUGAGAAAAAUUCGAUACCUUAGAUUUCGAGACGAGCCUGCUGCGUUACACAUUAAAGAGAUCUUUGAGAAAGAAACCCACCAGAAACCUGAAAAACAUCUUGAUAAAAUCGAUGAAUAA